GCACCAAAUACUGAAGUUCCUGAAACCACAGCACCUAACACAGAGGUUCCUGAAACCACAGCACAAAAUACUGAAUUUCCUGAAACCACAGCACCAAAUACUGAAGAUCCUGAAACCACAACACCUAACACAGAGGUUCCUGAAACCACAGCACCAAAUACUGAAGUUCCUGAAACCACAGCUCCAAAUACUGAAGUUCCUGAAACCACAGCACCAAAUACUGAAGAUCCUGAAACCACAGCUCCAAAUACUGAAGUUCCUGAAACCACAGCUCCAAAUACUGAAGUUCCUGAAACCACAGCACCUAACACAGAGGUUUCUGAAACCACAGAACCAAAUACUGAAGUUACUGCAACCACAGUACCAAAUACUGAAGUUCCUGAAACCACAGCACCAAAUACUGAAGUUCCUGAAACCACAGCACCAAAUACUGAAGUUCCUGAAACCACAGCACCAAAUACUGAAGUUCCCGAAACCACAGCACCAAAUACUGAAGUUCCUGAAACCACAGCACCAAAUACUGAAGUUCCUGAAACCACAGCACCUAACACAGAGGUUCCUGAAACCACAGCACCUAACACAGAGGUUCCUGAAACCACAGAACCAAACACAGAGGCUCCUGAAACCAUAGAGCCAAACACAGAGGUUCCUGAAACCACAGAACCAAACACAGAGGCUCCUGAAACCACGGGAACAAGCACAGAGGCUCCUGAAACCACAGAGCCAAACACAGAGGCUCCUGAAACCACAGAACCAAACACAGAGGCUCCUGAAACCACAGCACCAAACACAGAGGUUCCUGAAACCACAGAACCAAACACAGAGGCUCCUGAAACCACAGCACCAAACACAGAGGCUCCUGAAACCACAGAACCAAACACAGAGGCUCCUGAAACCACGGGAACAAGCACAGAGGCUCCUGAAAACACAGAGCCAAACACAGAGGCUCCUGAAACCACAGAACCAAACACAGAGGCUCCUGAAACCACAGCACCAAACACAGAGGCUCCUGAAACCACAGAACCAAACACAGAGGCUCCUGAAACCACAGAACCAAACACAGAGGUCCCUGAAACCACAGAACCAAACACAGAGGCUCCUGAAACCACAGCACCAAACACAGAGGUCCCUGAAACCACAGAACCAAACACAGAGGCUCCUGAAACCACAGCACCAAACACAGAGGCUCCUGAAACCACAGAGCCAAACACAGAGGCUCCUGAAACCACGGGAACAAGCACUGAGACGUCUGAAGCCACCGAAACCAGCACAGGCGCCGGCAACUCAGAUGGCGAAGGAUUCAAAUGCCCCCAAACUACCAGCAUUUACCCAACUUACUUACCUGACCCCAACAACUGUCGGUCCUUCUACAUGUGCUCAUCAGGGGUCCCUUACCUCAUGGAAUGCACUCAUGGCACCUUCUUCGAUAAGGAACGUGAGGUUUGCGACCACGAAUCAGUGGUUGAGUGCAAUGUUAUAUUAGAAUGGGUUCCUCGUGUUGUUAGAGUGAACUAAGAUUUUUAACGCGGUUUAUAAAUGGCUAUAUGAGAACUGGAUGUGACUUAUGGUACUAUAUUUGGUAUUUAUUAAUUUUUUCCUCAUCUUUUAGAUUCUCUGUUACCCACUAUUGAGUCACCCGUUUCUUUAUAUUCCUUCUGUUUCUCUGAUUCUUUUGAUCUCUCUAUCCUUCUUUUUUAUUGAUUUGUAUGUUUUUUCUUUUCCCUCUGGCACUUCUGUUACAUAAACAAUGUUAUAUAAUCUUUAACACUUUCUGCUGAUAUAUAUACUCUAUAUCUAUUUGAUUCAUAGAUUUUGAUCUGAUGUACUUCACUUACUCAUCUAGACACAAAUCUCAGAAGAAUUAUAUUAAUUUAUAUUUUUCCUGUUGAAUAAAGUAUUUCUACAUAAUUUUUACUUCUAGACUCUUUAUAUGCCUUUGACUGUACCAUUGCUGUUGUAGACAUAACCUCUUCAUUUUUCAUUUUCUAUUACUCUAGCUUUUAUGAAUGAAUGUGAAUGAUAUGCAAAGAUUCAUAUAUAUGUAAACUUCAAACCACAUUUAUUUAUAAAAAUCCAGGCAUCUAUUUUUACUUUCAAUAUACUUUAUAAAACUAUGCAAAGCAAAGGAUAAAAAGCAAAGGCUCAAGAUAUUGGUAUUUUUAUUAAAAUAAGUUGUUGCAGUCCAUCUCCUUAAAAAAAAAAAAAAAAAAAAAGUAACCAACCUGUCUCACUGACAGACUUGGUAAUACCUUUUUCUCGUUUCAGUUUCAUCUCCUUUAAAUUACUUUGAUUUAUGCAAAAAUAAGUUUUGUGCCACACAUAUU